AUGGAUCUAGCAGUUACGGUCUUUCAGGAACAAUCUGGCCAACCGGGACACCCCAAUAGGCAGGCCACGGUAUCCAAGGUUGAGCAAUGCAGCCAUGUUUAUAAGUUGUUUUUUUCUUCCCUUCGACCAACAGCUGUGCAAGGUAUGGAGGGUGUGGAUUAUCCAAGUUGUAUUUUCAUUUAUAAGAAAUUAGUUUCAUGAAUAACCCUGCCAAGGUCCUGGUCAUUGUUUCAUUUAUACCAAGUACCAGCCUGUACAAACAUAAAAUGAUAAAAUAAUGCAUUCAUUGCAUUUAAGAGUAAAAAAAAAAACCCAAACAUUACAUAACUUCUUUUUUUCACAGCAGCGAGACCUGGUUACCAUGGCAACGCUCCGCGGGUCUCGCGAGAGUUAUUAGAAGAGAGAAGAGAGGAGAAGCUGUGUGCUGCCUGGGCCCCCUCUGUGCUAACAGGGAGCCGGGGGCCCGCGGCUGCACACAUAGAUAGCGAUAUUCGCUAUCUAUGUGUGCAGAGAAAGAAAGUGGGCCUCAGGACUGCCAGAGCAGUCCGGGCCCCAGGGACGUAUUAGCUGUGAGGCAAACAAGGCAUUUGCCUUGGGCGGCAUUUUUCAGGGGGCGGCAAAAAACGCUGCCCCCCAAAUGCCCAGGGCAAAUGCCUAGUUAGCCUCGCGGCUAACUGACAUGCUGGGCGCUGGGCGGCACUGGCUGAUGGUCAGGCGGGCGGCUGGCGAGGGAGCACUUCCUCUGAGCGAUCUGCUCAGUUCCCUCGCGCGCCGCAGAGUGAGGCUGGGAGCCGGAAUAUGACAUCAUCAACCCAGCUCCCAGCCUCACUCUGCGGGCGGCUCGCGAGGGAGCUGAGCAGAUCACUCAGAGGAUGUGCUCCCUCGCCAGCCGCCCGCCCAUCAGCCAACCCAUCAGCCUGACCGGCAGCCACUGGACCACCAGGGAGAAAGAGGAACCCCCCCCCAGCACUCCCAAAGGUCAGGAGGUCUGACUGUGUGUGUGUUUGUGUGUGACUGUGUGUCUGACUGUGUGUGUCUGACUGUGUGUGUGUGUGUGUGUGUCUCACUGUGUGUCUGACUGUGUGUGUGUGUUUGUGUCUGACUGUGUGUGUGUCUGACUGUGUGUGUUUGUUUGUGUCUGACUGUGUGUGUGUGUUUGUGUCUGUCUGUGUGUGUGUCUGACUGUGUAUGUGUGUGUGUCUGACUGUAUGUGUGUGUGUGUGUCUGACUGUGUGUGUGUGUUUGUGUCUGACUGUGUGUGUGUGUUUGUGUCUGACUGUGUGUGUGUGUGUGUGUGUGUGUCUGACUGUGUGUGUGUGUAUUUAGAAGGUGGGAUGGGGGGGAAGGGUUGGGUGGGGUGGGAGGGGGGUGCCUGAGUUUUGUCUUGCCUAGGGCAGCACAAAACCAGGAUACACCACUGCCGGUCCCCCCAGGGCCGCCGGGCCCGUGACAACCAUCAUGGUUGUCACCCCCUGAUGGCGGCCCUGCUCCCCUCUGGACCGUUGGGGCUCAUCCCGGUUCCUUCUGAAGCAGCUUCUAAAUUGCCUGACUACAGCGUUUUGUUCUAUUUUCUACAGGGGAUUGGUGGCUGAUGCCUAAGAUGACUACGGCCUCCUUGCUGGAGAAAUUGUCAAUACUGAGAAUACAACAUCCACAAUCAGCUUUGACAACAUUUGUGAAAGGUUUUUGGCUAAACUGUACAAGCGGGUCUCACAGCUACAGACCACCCAGUCUUCCGAGCAGGAUGGCAUUUAGGGGGAUUGCUACUCCUGGUCACUCACCUGAACUGCAGUCCACUUAUGGUUUACCUGUUGCCACUAGUCUCUUUACUCGGGACACUGUCAAAACCACAAACCGCAAUCAUCUCCACAGUUACUUUAUGCAAGGUCUAGCCCUGGAACAAGAUCGACUGUGA